CUGAUAAAUUUAGACGGAAACUGGAAGAACUGGAGAAGGAGAAAAAUUCUUUAAAAUUUCAGCUUCCUUCAAGGCAUCCCUCUGUUAGCAGUUUUUUGGAUAGGUUCAUGACCCAAGUUCAGGCAACAUUGCACUGGGCUGCUGAUAAUUGGGUUAGACGUGAAGAAAAUGGUCUUUGUCAUGAAAAAGAGCUCAGAUUUUUGAGAUCAACUUCCCAGGAGGGGACGCAGGUUUCAGCCACGAAACGAAACCAGCUUUUUCAAGAAAAGAAGCAACUACAGAAAGAAAUUGAAGAUCUCAGAACAAGACUGGCCAUAUUAGAAGGAAAAGAUCAACAGCUGAGAAGAGAAAUUGAAGAACAAGAUAGGCUUAUUCAGUCACAGGACUGUGAACUGGCUGCUUUACUUGGCUGCAUUUCUUUGAGGGAGCUGCAGGAAAUAAGCAAGGCUGUGGAUGACACCUUAGCAUCCUCUUAUCGAAUUCCACUCAGCUUAGAUCUUCCAGGACCAAUAAAGAGCCUUCAAGAGAAAGAACAGUUGUACAGCAUGUCCAUUAAAGAAACUACUGCCAAAGUUUGCACGAGUCAGAAACUCUGCAGUACUUUGAGGAGGAAAGUGAGUGAUAUUGAGACUCAACUACCAGCUCUACUUGAAGCCAAAAUGCUGGCUGUUUCAGGAAGUAAUUUUGACACUGCAAAGGAUCUUGCAGAAGAAAUAAGAUCAUUAACAUCUGAGAAAGAGGGACUGGAAGGACUUCUCAAUGAACUGUUGGUUCUGAGUGCCAGAAAUAUGCGAAAAUUAGAGAGAAUUAAAGAUGAUUACACCAGACUGAAACAAGAACUUGAACAAGGAGAAACUGCCUUUGUGACCAGUGUAAAAGAAAAUGCUGAGAAGUACAUGGGGAUUCUGGAGGAUAAACUACAUAGCUGUGGGAGCCAGCUGCUCCAAAGAGUGUGGGAAGCUGACUUGGAGGCCUGUCAGCUGUUGAUCCGAGGGUUUCAACUGAAAGAAACCAGUUGCUGUGGUUUUGAGGAAGAAGAGAACCAAAUGGAUGACAUGGAGAUGACUGCUGAUGCCUCACCUGAUUGUGAAAAAAGAAAAGAAGGUCACUUUCUAAAGGGCACAGAGUGGGGUGCUGUUUCCUGCCCCAAACCCAGGGAGCUGAAAGAGGUUAUGGAAGACAUUUCAUUUGGAACAGAGGGUCAUUUAUCUGAGGAGUUCUUCAUAUUUUCUGCAGAGUUGGGAGAAAAAUGUGAAGCAAUAAGUGAGAAAUUGGUGCAUCUGGAAGAUCAAUUGCAAAGUUCCACCUGCAGAGUUGAUGAAGGAGUUAUUCAGUCUCUGCAGAGGGAGAUCCAGGUGGUGAAGGAGACACUCCAGACCGUGCUGGUGCAACUUCAGUCAGCCAAGGAGGCAGGAGAAGAAAAGGCUGGAGACUUCCUCUGUGACAGCUGGUGUCCAGGAAAACAAGACUUGAAGGAAUAAUGAGCAGAAAGAGCUGGUAGGAUGACAUUAAUUCACAAAGGGCUGCUUUUAGUAACUGAAUACUGUUUUACUAAGCCUCAGGGAUCUCUUCUCUCCCCUGCAUAACUAAUAACUAAAUCAAUUAUGGAGAAACAGAGCCUGGAGGUCUAUCAUCAGAAGUAUGCUACGCAGCCUCAUAUGUUUUGGCACAGAUUGGGAAACAGCUUUCAGAGCAGAGCAGCUCCUGUAAAUGUGUAGAUUACAAAUUGAUACAUUUCAAGUGAGUCUGCAAAGUUGCUUUUAAUGUCAGUGAAGUGUUCUCCUUGAAGGCUCAUAAACACUGUCUUCCUCUACUCAUGGAUUUUUUCCCUGAUUUAAAAUGCAACAUUAAAGCUGGAACAUCUAGUAUUUCUUGGAAAAUAGCUCUAAGAAUAAUAAGAACUUUUUUUUUCCCUCUUUGGCUUUAACAGCUUUCUUACACUGAAUGUAUUUUCACAUUCCUGCCAAUAAUUAAAUCAAUAGGGUGAAAUCCAAGCUAACCGUGUUCUUUCAACUGAAAUUUGGAUCUCAUUUGCUCUGUGGUAUCAAGUACAGUGGAGGUAGCUAACAGCAGCCCCUAUAGGAGUAGUUUAACUCAAUUUAUUUAGGUAUUAAUAUAAACUUUCUUUAGUAUUACAGGGGUUGUAAAGCAAAAAAAAAAUCCUAUGUUGAUGAUUUGUGUUGCUUAUAUUUAAAUAUUGUAUGAACAAGAAGUCAUUUAAAUCUUGUUGUAAAGAUUACUACCAUUACUUUGAUCUUCCUUGUAAGCUUCAGCAGGAAUGCAGAUUUUUUUGCAAGACAUGUAUGUCAAUAUAUACACAUGCAUAGUUAAACAUGUAUUUUUAUAGGAAAUAAAAGCAGUACUCAGCUGAAGCCAACUGGAUAAUUGUUCAAAAGAGUUAAUGUCUUCAAAAAUUCAUGUGUACUUCUACUUUGAUACCGGUAUAUCUCUGGUACCAUAAAAAUUCUGUUGCAGAGGGAGAAUUUUUUUUUUUUUAAAUCUUAAUUUUUAAAAACACAAUAGAAAAUGUCUUGCAACUGAUACUGUACUUUUUUGAUACUGCUUUUCUGUCAUUUUUAGAAUUACUCUUCUACUUUGGUCACAUUUUAUAGCCACAUUGUGUUUUUGCAAAUUUUGAAGGUCAUUGGACAACUUUCCCACUAAGAUCCUGUUAAUUUUUGGUGUGUUUUAAUGCUAGUUGAAACUUCUACCUCAGUGUUAAGUACAGAAGGAGGGAGGGAAAAAAGUGCCAGGCAGCUGAGACAUACAACAGGAUUAUAAUUGCCUCCAGGAGCAUAUGGUUGUCAAAGCAGGGCAGAGAGCUCAGGUGGUUUCUAUAGUCAUCAGAUCCUCAGGGCUGCAUUACAGCCCUGUAAUUCAGAACAUGGCUGACUUUUCUCACUGAGUAAUAUAUGGGCCAGCAUCCCUUUAUGUUGUGGUCAAGACUCUUGGAGCUCCAGCUUGCAUGGAUUCUGCUACUCAGUUCCCUAAUGGAGAUCUCUUGCUGCUCUGCUUGACAACUUUAUCUCUCCACGUCCCUGUUCAAUACCUACCUCCCACCACAGCUCUGGCACUUUCUGAAGCUCCCCUGAACAGAUGAACAAGGUGUUUGCCUCCAGCUGAGGGCAGGAGACAAGUGCAGGUGGCACCCUGACAUUCAGCCCAUGCACAGGAACAGCUCCAGAGCAAAACCUGCCUGCCAGAAAGCACUCAUGGAAACCCACAUGAGUUCAGCUAAAGAGGAAAGCGAGCACUCUGACAAGAUACUCUUGAAACUGAUAAGAUAGCUCUUAGAACUGUUUCUUUAACGCCCAUAGAAGCUGCCUGGGGUUCAAUACCUCAGAGGGCCCAGGUACUGCAUUUCCAGCAAGGAGCAUUUAUAUGGGACUAUGACAACAGUCCCAGAGAUGAUGGCCAGUACACUCAACUAAGGUUUCAUGACACCCAGCUCUCCCACCCUGCAGAGUUUUGUCCUUUGAAUACUUAGUGCCUGCAAUGUAAACAGUUGUUAGGCCCUAGAAGUGCCUUAGAGCCAGAAUCAGCUACAGCUGAAGCAUCAGGCCUGUCUCCUUGCAGCAGUGAGGGGUCAACAGCAGGGAUAGGACCCGACCACCACAGGGGCAGGAGAACAGCACCCUCAUUGCCACUAGCAAGGUUUCUUGAAGAUAUUCCCAUUCAAUUAAAAAAAUUGUGUGGCUUUUGUGUUUUGAAGCUUCAGAGCACUACUGCAUCUUAAUAAAAACUCCAUUUAGGCAACCACUCUAAUAAGACACUGAAUUUCUAAGGAGAAGGGAAACUGAAUCAGUCAUCGUUGAUGUUAUGUUUGUAUCUGUUAACAUCUAUUUUAUAAGUAACACGGACUACUACUACUCCUUUAAUUUAUUGUUCCAUUAACUUCAUUGUUUGUUGUGGGAAGUUAGAGCCAGUAACCAUUCCUUUUCUGAGACACAUGUGAUAAUAAGCAUACUUUUAAAAAAAAGGUAUACUAUGCAAUGUAUUGGCUGCCUUUUAUCUGUGAAUAGAAAACUUUCAAAUAAAGAGAAGUAUGUUUUUAACUAA